CUCUGCCUCUUCUCCACCCAGUGCCGUAGUUCCCUAUUACGAGUGCUAGGAAUAGGCUUUUUUUUAUCUGUGCAGUUGGGAAACGGGUCUGGACUACUACAGUGGGACAAAUAUUUAAGAUUGAGAACAGACAAUACACAGCAGAACCAUGCCAUCGAGUGAGAAGAUUUUGUACUUCCUGUCCAGUGCUGUGUUAACUAUAGUCGGCUUGGCGGUCCUCAGUUAUGGGAUGUCAGCAGAGUGGGCCUCCUCCAUCAUGGCCUGUUCACCUAAAAUUGACAAUGGAACAACGAAGUCUGGAACUGCAAUCUUUCGCAUGGGACUGUUCAAAGGCAGUGCGAUCAAAGAUUCCUGUCCUUAUUUUACCGCUGUUACAGACGAUAUCCCAGUGUUUGAAAGGCUCAGUAACAUUGGGGGUAAUGGAAUAGGCUUACAUGCCACGGUGGUUGUUCUGUUGGUCUUUGCUCUGGUGGCCUCUGCAGGUAGCAUACUCAUCACUCUCUACAACACCAUCAGUAAUCCAUAUGAAACCUAUAUGGGUCCUAUUGGAUUGUAUGUCUGCAGUGGAAUAAGUGCAUGCUUGUCGUUUUUGGCAAUGGUCCUGAACCUGAUUAAUCUGCUUGGGAUCAACAUAGCAAAGGAGAUGGUGUUGAAGGGAGACAAUGACAUAACGCUGAAGGAUGGGGCUGUGACUUUUGAGGCUGGCUUUUUUAUGAUUCUGCCGUACAUUACCGUUAACCUGCUUGCCAUACUCCUGGUGUAUCUGUAUGCGCACGCAGCCUACAGACAACGCCAAGAACAGCAGAAACCCACGGAGGAUGCACCCAAAGAGAUUCUGAUGUACUAAUGUGCAGAAGAGUCUGUCCAUAAGACUAUGUGAUUGAAGACAUUCAUGAUAGGAGGUUCCACUGUAGAUAUAUUAGACGCAAAGAUCAGCGACAUUUCUGCAACUAGGGUACGCUUACAAUGUGACCAGAAGAAAUACUGCAACAAAUGUUUUGGAUGAAAAAACAACAACAACAACAACAACAACAACAACAAAAUUAAUUUCAUUCUGCUUUUCUGUCUUUCCUAAAUAUCUAAAAAAUAAAUACAUGUUAUAUUGUUCUCUGUC